GGAUUUAUUAUUAUCAUUCGUCGUCCCGCGCGCAACGUCAUGGGCCUCGUCCGUGGUUCUUUUACUUUUACGAGUAUCUAGAGAGCUUUCUGGGUCUGUUGCCAGUCUGUUAGCUUAGCUUAGACAUGUUGCCUGUCCGCGUCCUCACUCACAACAUCCGUUACGCGACUUCGUCUCCGUUCAAGGGCGAGAAGCCCUGGCCGCAGCGUAAACAGCUGCUCCUCAACGAGCUGCUCUAUAAUACACAGUAUCAUCACGAGUCGUUUAUCUGCUUACAAGAGGUCCUCCAUGGGCAAUUGCUGGACGUUCUCUGCGGGCUCAACAAAGCGUCUGGCACCAACACUACCGCGGAUCCAGAGUGGGCGUACAUAGGAGUCGGAAGGGACGAUGGCAAAGAGGCUGGAGAGUACUCCCCAAUCAUCUACCGUCCAGCGGUCUGGCAGCUAUUGCAUUGGGAAACCGUCUGGUUGUCCGAAACGCCGACGGUGCCAUCAAAGGGAUGGGAUGCGGCCUCCAUACGUAUUGUGACUAUCGGCGUCUUCAAACAUCAUGCCAGUCAGAAGACGAUUCUGGCCUUGAAUACUCACCUUGACGACCAGGGAUCCAAAUCACGAGCGGAAUCCGCGCGUAUUAUCUUGAGCAAGAUCCACGAGUACCGCACCGGCCCAUACGUAGAUGUACUCUCGGGGAUCUUCCUCUCUGGGGACUUUAACAGCAAGGAAACCCAGGAAGCUUACACAGCGUUGACGGCGGACACGUCACCUCUCGUGGAUAGCCAGAGACUUAUAGACCCAGCAAAGCGGUAUGGCAAUGAGAAUACCUUCACGGGGUUUGGCUAUGAAGGCGUACCGCCAACGCGCAUUGACUAUAUCCUGCUGGGACCGACGCAUAAAACGGAGAAUACCGGUCAGGCUUUAUCUCUGCCAUGGACGGCCACGGCGUAUGCUGUUUUACCAAACAAAUUCGACGACGGGGUCUAUAAUUCGGACCAUCGAGCUGUUGUCGUCGAUGCGGUGUUGAGCUAAGUGUCGUCGAUGUUUUAAACAUCCUGGCAGUUAAGAUCCAGCAGGUCUGUCGCGAGUUCUGUUUGUCUUUUGCGCAAGCUGUUAAUCUUAUGACUAGUUACAUCAUUGGUGUCUUUGAUAAGGUUGGAAUAGCAUGUAGUGAUAAUAAUAUCCCCUAGACCUGCCUAGUCAGUCAGUCAACGCUCGCAUGUGCAGUGAAAUGGUAGAAUCGAAUGAGCAGUGUCUAAAUUGAAAACAAGGGAAAUCCAAACCUUGCUGUCAAUAGCGUAGCAGUGAGAUGUGGUUCCGAAAUAUAUAGUUAUACUUUUUCCACGACAGAAUGAAUGUGCUUAAGCCGCUUUAACGUCGACGCCCUGUACGAGCUGUCUCUCUCUUCCUAGUAUCUAAGCCUUGGUUAUAAUAGUAACACCAACUAACUAUUAUCCCAAACAAGGACGAUAGAUCAUCUAUCUAAUAAUUGAUCUAAUUGAAUUAUUUCGCUA